AUGUUUAUUACACGCCACUACUGGGGCCUGGCGAUUCGCGAAACAAGGACGGAUUCAACAAGCUCAAGGGAACGAGAGACUUGGCAAGGACGGUGCAGUCUCAGUUCGAAGCCUACAUUGCAGGACUAUCCAUACCAGACCUCUCGGGCUGGCGACGGGUCAUUGGUUUACUGGAUCUCCCAAAGGGAAAGCGCACAGUCGGACGAGCGAGUCUGGGUCCCCGUCCGGAGUGUUUGCGCACUCAAUGACGAGCCUAAUCAGAUACGCUUCGGGCUUGUGCCUCCAGACCCACACGUCAAAGCACAUACGUCCAAGGCGACCUUUAACAGGCUUGACGAAAUCAUGGACUUCUGUCCAGUAUUCUUUGAUAGGUGGAUUACGAAUGACACCCGCCGCACACAGAGCGGUCUGCAUUACCGAAAUCUGCAUGUUAGCAUCGGCUCAAGCCCGACUAACGACCAGAAAAGGGCUGCUAAAAGAUUAGUAACUGAGGCUGACUUCACCGGCCCCGAGCCCCGGGCUACUAAAUGGCUAUCUGACUUCUUGGUAUUAACCUUGAUCCACGAGUCAACGCAUGCCAUAGCGUUCGUUGGUGAGGGCAAUGCACUAAUCGAUUUGAGUUGCAAAGAUGAGGCAGGAAACGUGAUAGCUCUUUCGACUUUCCCUCCUUGUAUGGCGCAAAUCGCCAAGGGAACAAACGGGUUCGAUGCAGCAGGGAACCGGCAGGGGGGGCACAAGGACGCAGAAGCGUUUGCGAUGUACGCCAUGGCCACAUGGGUUAACGCUGUGUCUUGGUUCAAGGGAUAUAUGCCAAAGGAUAGGGAGACUUAUAAGGGAUAA